GCAGAGUGCGCGCAAAGUACUUGUGCGUUUGUGUGUGUUACAUAGGAUAUUUUACAAAAACUCAGCCCAAUCUCUCAUGUUCACCCGCCAUGGUACAACCAGCCCUCGGAGCCGCCAGCCUGUGCCUACUGAUCUUCCUACUUACUGGGUGUCGGUGUAGAGGGUUCCACGUAGAGUUGAGGGCUCCAAGGUACGUGUCCUUCGGCAACUCUGCGCUCCUCAAGUGUGACUACAGCGUCUCAGAGGACGAGCUUCACAAGGUUGAGUGGCUCCAUCAGGGUCGCAAAAUCUGGCAGUACGUCAAGGGUCGCAGCCCUCCCUAUAGGAACUACACCACAUUGGGCUCCAUCAUUGAUUUAUCACUGAGUGACCGACAUCAGGUGCUGUUGACGAACCUCAACUUCGACGCCAGCGGCAUCUACACGUGCGAGGUAUCUACAGAGACGCCCAUCAUCUACACCAAGCCUUCCGAGGAGCUGGAGAUUACUGUCAUCAAAAACCAAAUGGAGGAGCCACGGAUAACGUUUCGCAAGCCCGAGUACAGCGUAGGUGACUGGCUACAGGUCAACUGUACUUCCGCCUCUGCUAGACCCACCCCUGACGUCACGUGGCUGAUAAAUGGGAAAAAGGUUGACGAAGGAUUAAUAAGAUCGUUCACGGACCAAGUACCAUCCACGGUGACAGCCCAGCUGACUCUACAGCUGACAGAGGAACAUGUGGACGGCAUUGAGCUGACCUGCCUGGCGACCAUACCCAAGUAUCUGGGCAACGAGGUCCAUCAGAGCGAGUACGCCGACCACAAGGCGCAGUCAGUCAAAGUAUCUGGGCAACGAGGUCCAUCAGAGCGAGUACGCCGACCACAAGGCGCAGUCAGUCAAAGUAUCUGGGCAACGAGGUCCAUCAGAGUGAGUACGCCGACCACAAGGCGCAGUCAGUCAAAGUAUCUGGGCAACGAGGUCCAUCAGAGUGAGUACGCCGACCACAAGGCGCAGUCAGUCAAAGUAUCUGGGCAACGAGGUCCAUCAGAGCGAGUACGCCGACCACAAGGCGCAGUCAGUCAAAGAGGUAAUUCAUCAACUAUAUUCAUAUCCAAGUAUCUGGGCAACGAGGUCCAUCGGAGUGAGUACGCCGACCACAAGGCACAGUCAGUCAAAGUAUCUGGGCAACGAGGUCCAUCAGAGCGAGCACGCCGACCACAAGGCGCAGUCAGUCAAAGUAUCUGGGCAACGAGGUCCAUCGGAGUGAGUACGCCGACCACAAGGCGCAGUCAGUCAAAGUAUCUGGGCAACGAGGUCCAUCAGAUUGAAUACGCCGACCACAAGGCGCAGUCAGUCAAAGUAUCUGGGCAACGAGGUCCAUCAGAGCGAGCACGCCGACCACAAGGCGCAGUCAGUCAAAGUAUCUGGGCAACGAGGUCCAUCAGAGCGAGCACGCCGACCACAAGGCGCAGUCAGUCAAAGUAUCUGGGCAACGAGGUCCAUCAGAGCGAGCACGCCGACCACAAGGCGCAGUCAGUCAAAGGUAAGUGA